UGGCUGCUCGCCAUCACCGGGAAGGAGCCCUGAGCACCUGCAGGAAAGUGACAAGUAGCCGUAUGGGCCCGAAGACUCUUCAAGUUCAAGACGGCCCUCCAUUCUCUGUGGUCAACAAUUGGAACGUCCUUUGUCAUCUGUUGAGGACUCUUACUGGUGGAAAGGGACUUCGAGAAACUAUUCUAGUCCAAUUCCCUCCUCCUUAGGUGGAGGAGUAUAAAAAUAGCAACUUUGAAAUAUUUCUCCAGACCAGGUUUUUAGCGAUGGUCUUUCAGGUGUGGCCAAAGGGGCUACUUCCGUAGUGACUGCUGUGACUGUCCCCUCUGGACACGCUUUGCUGUGUGAAUGUCUGUCUCCUGGGGCCCGGUCAGUGUGCCCAGGGCGUUCGUCACUCACCGGCCAGACUGGCCCCUCCUCCCAGACCAGGUUGAUGGACCAACAGCCCGACUGUUGACUUAUUCUUGUUUGAGAUGCAGGCAGCAGGAGGGGCUGAGCUCAGUUACUUGAGUCGUCUUUCCUGGUCUCGUAGCUGCGGUCUUCCUCGAGACUGUGCGCCUAGGAAAUGCGCUUGUCCGCCUAACCUGCACGGUCCUCAGUGACCGCUUGCGUCGUCCGAGACGUGCUCUGUGGGCCUCCUGGCCCUUGUGGGGCGACCAGGCCUCUAACCAAGAGAGCCGGCCUUGGCGUGCCCUUCCCUUAGGACUCUUGUGGGCAGCUUCCUUCUGCUUGGGACCAGUGGACCUGGACCCCCGAACGUCUCCAGACUCUACCUGGAGACUUCUCCCCGGAUUGGACCUGAGCUUUGUGUAGCCCGCCGUUUAGAGAAGCGCCCCCCCUCCCCCUGCCCCGCCUCCCCGCACGGCUGCACUUCUCUGCACGUCUCUGAGACCCGGGACGCAGCUGUCCACGGAAAUGAUGGCUCACUUCAGCUCUUUGGUCUAAACCAAAUAGUGGGAGACAAGCAGCAGGGCCCCAGGGAGGCACCGUGGAGGACGCAGAAUCCCGAUCACUUCGCCACAGGACUCACCUUCCUGUGUAAUCUAAGGGGAAGUGUCUACGCCCGGCAGUUUUUAGAGGAAUGGCUUCGUGGGCAGUUACUUCCUCCAAGAACCGGCACUAUUAAGAGGAAAGUUUUCAAAGUACAUGAAAAACUUGUACGGAUUAAGGGCUACGGAAACAGACCUGUUAACAGCGUGUACCUCUGGGUGAUCAGAUGACAGGCUUCGAUUCUGAGAGCUCUUCCGGGGGAUUUUCAGAGGCAAGUCAGAGAGUCGCUGCGGUGAUGUGUGUGGACUCCGGCAGAAGUAACGGGGUCGGAAAGGCCGGGGAGAGGCCCCCUCGAGAAAAUGGAAUUCAGAAGCACAGGACGUCGUUGCCUGCCCCGAUGUUUACCAGAAGUGACUUCAGCGUGUGGAGCAUAUUAAAGAAAUGCAUCGGCCUGGAGCUGUCCAAGAUCACCAUGCCCAUCGCCUUCAACGAGCCUCUGAGUUUCCUCCAGCGGAUCACGGAGUACAUGGAGCACGUGGACCUCAUUCACAGAGCCUCCUGCCAGCCCCAGGCCCUGGAAAGGAUGCAGUGCGUUGCUGCCUUUGCGGUGUCGGCGGUGGCUUCCCAGUGGGAGAGGACCGGCAAGCCCUUCAACCCGCUCCUGGGAGAGACUUACGAGCUGAUUAGGGAGGAUUUAGGGUUCAGAUUUAUAUCCGAGCAGGUGAGCCACCACCCCCCGAUCAGUGCAUUUUAUUCAGAGGGCCUCCACCAGGACUUCUUGUUUCACGGCUCCAUCUACCCGAAGCUGAAGUUCUGGGGCAAGAGCGUGGAGGCCGAGCCCCGGGGCACCAUCACGUUGGAGCUGCUCAAGGUCACGCAGUGCUUCUGUUUGCUGGCGUCUGACUUCGUGUUUUCUGGCAUCUUUCACAGACACAAUGAGGCUUACACCUGGACCAACCCUACCUGCUGUGUGCACAAUGUGAUUAUCGGGAAGCUCUGGAUAGAGCAGUACGGGACGGUGGAGAUUGUAAACCACAGAACUGGAGAUAAGUGUGUGCUUCAUUUUAAACCAUGUGGACUGUUUGGAAAAGAACUUCACAAAGUGGAGGGACACAUCCAGGACAAAAACAAAAAGAAGCUCUUUAUGAUCUAUGGAAAAUGGACAGAGUGUUUGUGGGGAAUAGACCCUGCUGCGUACGAGUCCUUCAAGAAGCGGGAGAGGAGAGGCGACCACCUGAGCAAGCCACAGCCGGACGACAGCUCCCAGAAAGCUGACGGCGAUGUGGCGGAUGCCGUGCCCGAGGUUCAGGAGACUGUGCAGGUCAUUCCAGGCAGCAAGCUACUCUGGAGGGUCAACACUCGGCCCCCCAACUCUGCCCAGAUGUACAAUUUUACCAGCUUCACCGUCAGUCUCAACGAGCUGCAGAGCGGCAUGGAGAAGACCCUGGCUCCCACGGACUGCCGCCUGCGCCCCGACAUCCGCGGCAUGGAGAACGGCGACAUGGAUCUGGCGAGCCAGGAGAAGGAGCGGCUGGAAGAGAAGCAGCGGGAGGCCCGGAGGGAACGGGCCAAGCAGGAGGCCGAGUGGCAGACCAGGUGGUUUCAUCAAGGCAGCAACCCGCACACGGGGGCUCCCGACUGGUUGUAUGCGGGGGGCUACUUUGAGCGGAAUUUCUCCCGCUGCCCAGAUAUCUACUGAGGGGCCGGAGUGGCCCCCGGGACCGGAGACCGGACUCCGUCAAGAGGUCACGGCAGAAACCAGCUUUUUCAGCGACUGUGUCCGUGGAGACAGCACCAUCCCCGGUCAAGGAUUUGAUUCUAAUUAACUUCUGAUCGCCAAACAUUUUACUACUGUUCAUCAAGCUUCACAUGGGAUCAUCAUGUUUUCGUUAAGGGCGGAAAAGGACAAUCCUCUGCCGUCCCUUCACGUGACGGGAAUCAGCCCGGCUUGUUACAGCACCCUCUUCAUUGUAAAGUUCAUAACGGAAGUAAGUAACCAGGAAGGGUCUUAGUUCUAAGUCCCCCCCGUGUCCCUCCUCCUAACGCAGUGGCAAAGGGUUUCUGAGACUGUCGUGCAUUCGAACCAGUAACAGGGGAAGACGGAUCUUGAAAGUAACCCUUCGAGGAGCUUUACGGGGCCAGGGGUUGCUUCCUAGAUUACGGUAAUGCAAAAGUGAAGACUUUCAGAGCGCCAGAUGGAAUGAAAUGAAAAGCUGUCAGAUUCUGUAUUUUUUACCAGUCUUCAAUAAUGUAAAGAUUACUUUUAAAAUAUUUAAGUUAAAACUACUUGAAUAGUAUUUUGCCGGAGAGCAAGGUUUGCAUUAAUCACCAAUCGUAUACUGUCCGAAACGAAGCAUUACCGUGACAGCCUGGGGUGGCCGGAAACCUCGAGAGUCGUGACGGACCUCCCCAGGCUGCUGCCAGCCUCGAAAGGGGCCCCGCCUCUGUCACCGGGGCUUCGUGGCCUCUGCAGGCCAGGCCCGCGUCACAGAGGGUCGCCGUGCCUACGGCAGGUGCGCCCUGCGGGAGGCUCUGAAGCAGCAGCCGCUACGGCCGUGUCAUUAAAGUUACUUAACAAAAAGUAGGUGCGUGUCCAUCCUAGACACAUCCCUUCUGGUGGCUCUUGUCUUUCUGUAGAAGUGUCAACACCACAGGCCUCAGCGGAGCUCUGAACGGAGAGCGUCUGCUGAGCGUACACGCACUCACGCGGCCGUAUGGAGUGCUGGGUUCUCGGUGGCAGGCUGUCGUCAUUGUGUGUCCGGGCUUCGACGUCACAUCUGUCAUUAAAACACUUUUAAAAGCGAA